GCACAGCAAACUCGUACGUGCGGUUGUGACAGUGCGCAUUGAAGCCCGGGACAAAGGUGCCGACACAAUGGGGCUUCUCGCUGGCGGCGUCGGCCGCUUUCGGAACCGAGUACGGACGGGUCGGACGUGGAGUCGCGACUUCAUGUCCAUUUCAGCAAGUUUUCGCAAUAGCGGAGCUCUCGCGCUGGUUAUUAAAGACCACCACUGUUACUUAAAAUGUCGACCAUCUUUAUUGCAGAAGACGUCACUGAUCCAGAGAAAAUGUGCUGGACUUCACCAGCACGGAGUCCCGUUUGUUCGUUUACUCAACUCAGCCAAACCACCCAGAGGGUUUGAAAAGUUCUUCCCUAAGGGAACAGGGACUGCAAGUGCCAGCAAAUCAGCUGACGGUGCAGAAAGCAAGGAGCAGGAAACUUUUGGAAAGCAGCAAAGGCAGAUGAAAAAUGGGGGCGAUGAAGGACAAAGAGGAGGCAAAAAGGACAAAGAGUAUGAUUGGUGGACAUAUUUUCAGGAUCAUUUUCGAUCGGACGAAAAAGCACUAUGGAACAUUGCAAUUGGUGUAGCAGGCAUGGCCUCUGCAUUUUUCUACUUUUACUUCCGGGAGACCGGCGUCCAGAUCUCCUGGAAGGACUUUGUGCAUCACUACUUGAGGAGAGGCUUAGUUGAUCACCUGGAAGUUGUCAAUAAACAAUAUGUCAAAGUAAUUCCUGCCCGUGGCGUGAACACGUCAGACGUGAAUUAUUUGUGGUUCAACAUUGGCAGUGUGGACUCAUUUGAGCAUAACCUGGAAGCAGCUCAACAGGAACAGUGUUUGGACACCACAUGCAAAGUACCUGUUCUCUACACCAGUGAGAGUGACGGAACGCUCUUAUAUAGCAUUCUCCCAACCUUACUUCUGGUCGGCGUCUUGCUGCGGGGGACUCGGACGAGGCCGAUGGCGGGACUGCGUGGGGGUAGAGGGCGAGCAAACCCCUUCAGUAUGGGUCAGUCCAAAGCUAAGAUAAUCAAAGACGACAUUGGUGUUCGCUUCAAGGAUGUUGCUGGCUGUGAGGAAGCCAAACUGGAGAUUUUGGAGUUUGUCAACUUCCUAAAGAACCCUCGGCAGUAUCAGGAACUCGGAGCUAAGAUCCCUAAAGGUGCAAUAUUGUCGGGUCCACCUGGAACAGGAAAGACGUUGCUAGCUAAGGCCACCGCAGGAGAAGCUCAUGUUCCUUUCAUCACUGUCAGUGGCUCCGAGUUCCAGGAAAUGUUUGUUGGCGUGGGCGCUGCAAGGGUCCGGGACAUGUUUGCCAUGGCACGAAAAAAUGCCCCCUGCAUCCUCUUCAUCGACGAAAUUGAUGCAGUGGGUAGAAAGCGCGGCAGAGGAAACUUUGGGGACCACAGUGAACAAGAAAACACACUCAACCAGUUACUAGUUGAAAUGGAUGGGUUCAAGACCAGCAUCAAUGUGGUUGUUAUGGCCAGUACCAAUCGAGCUGAUAUCCUAGAUCCAGCUCUGAUGAGGCCGGGACGCUUCGAUCGACACAUAUACAUUGGUCCACCAGAUAUAAAAGGCAGAGCUUCAAUCUUUAAGGUGCAUCUGAGACCUUUAAAGUUGGACCCAAGUAUACAAGAUGAGGCUUUAGCCAGAAAGUUAGCUGCACUAACUCCAGGUUUUACUGGUGCCGACAUUGCCAAUGUUUGUAACGAAGCUGCUCUGAUAGCAGCGCGCCAUCUAAACCUGCACAUCAACACUCAGCACUUUGAACAGGCAGUCGAGAGGGUCAUUGGAGGUCUGGAGAAAAAGUCUCGGGUCCUGCAGCUUCCAGAGCGGACCACCGUGGCGUAUCAUGAGGCCGGACAUGCUGUUACUGGCUGGUUUCUAGAACAUGCAGACCCACUAUUAAAGGUAUCGAUUGUUCCGAGAGGAAAGGGUCUGGGUUACGCUCAGUAUUUGCCAAAGGAGCAGCACCUCUUCACACAAGAGCAGCUCUUUGACAGAAUGUGCAUGAUGCUUGGAGGUCGAGUGGCUGAACAGGUUUUCUUUCGUCGGAUCACCACAGGGGCGCACGAUGACCUCCGGAAGGUCACACAGUCAGCUUACGCACAGGUUGUACAGUUUGGAAUGAGCGCGGCAGUGGGUCCGAUGUUUUUUGAGCUCCCACAGCAAGGUCCUAUCGUGACGGAGAAACCCUUCAGCGAGCCUACAGCCCAACUCAUCGACCAGGAGGUCCGUCAGCUCAUUGACUCCGCCUUCCAGCGAACACUCCAGCUCGUCAAGGAGAAAAAAGCAAUGGUGGAGAAGGUGGCAAAACGUCUCCUCGAACGAGAGAUUCUAGAGCAGUCCGACAUGGUGGAGCUGCUGGGGCCACGCCCUUUUCAAGAAAAAUCCUCUUAUGAGGAGUUUGUGGAAGAGUUAGGGGACAUGGAGGAGGACACGUCGAUACCUGAGGGCCUGAGAAACUGGAACAGCGACACAUGGGACAAAAAACACUCGCAGAAGGAGCAAAACAAAUCAGCUGUUUAUUUGAUGCAGCGUCAAGGAAGCUUUGGAUUCAGGUGAACUGUCUUGGUAAGGACAACAGUAAUCAUGUUAUGUCUUGUGCAAUUUUUUUUUUUAUGGAGUCGCUGGAAUUUCAGUAAGGCCAUUUGGUACCUGAUGACUUAUAUUUUUACCAAAUGAACUAAUUAUGCUAUAACCAUCAACUGUAUUAGAUCAUCUUCUCGUGUCAUUUGAUGGCAUCUUUUUAUAAACUGUAAUAUUCAUAAAUUCACAUUGUCUUAAAGUACACACAAAAACAGUUUUUCAGCAUACUAUUUGCUUAUUCUUGACUUUAUUCUGACCAUGAAUGUUUCACUGUUUAAUGUUAUAUAUUAUACACACUGUAUUUCUAAUGCAGUGUAAUGCAAACUGAAUUAUCUUGAUUUUAACAUCUUCCUAGACGGCUUUAUUUUUAUUUUUUUUAAAACAAGGUUGCUGUAGCAUAUCAUCAUUUCUAUAUUAGGGCCUGAUUUACUAAAUUGCUUGUUCACUCUUGCAUACUCAAUCAAACACAUUGCUCGCGCUGUUGGCAAAAGGUGUAAAAGUUGUAGAGACUGCCGUAUUUGAAAAAAGAAUUUGUACAUUAGGUAGCUCUAAUAGUUUUCACCAAGGAAAAUUUGGGAGCGCACCGCAAACGCAAAAUGACGUUUGAAGUGAUGGACUUGGAAGUGGAAGUGAAAGUGAAAGAACAAACGUAUUGCUGUGUUACAGUUGAUAACUCGAUCGCUCCCGAUAAUUUUAGGGACACCAGCAACCGCGCGAAAGCCAUAAUUUGCUUGAUUUAACUCACCCCAAGUGCGUGGCAAUUGGAUGUACUCGAAGUCAGCCCUUAAAUCGUUGAGAAGCUCCAAAACCGGCAAAGUUCUCCCCGACCUCUCAUUUUGCCUGUGCUAUGCUAGUACCGCGCUGGUUUGCGCCUGCCUUUUAGACACGCAAUUUAGCACAAAAUCUGGCACAAAAUCAGCCAGCGCAAUUCCUCUCAAGUUUGAAAAAUCACUUUGAACACUUUUAAAUGAUGAAUUUGCAUAUACUCUUCCCACUGUGCUAAAUGAACUGUUUUGCAGAUACUGUGUUGCACCCGGUUAGUAGAUCAGCUUCCACAUCAGUUUGCAAGUUUGUGCCCGUUUUUACAAGUGCAAACCUUUAGUAAAGCUCAGGCACUUAGUGUUUCUGUGACAAAUUACAUUCACAUUAAGUCACAUGUACUGGAGAAUCAGACUACCUAAAAGUCAAAUUAUCCAAAAUGUAACGACAAGUACGUUUCUAAAUCAGAGCCGACUCAGCUGUAAUCUGGUUACGAUGGAUUAGAUUUUGUUCUAAAACAGGACUCUUGUUUGAAAUUUAGUUUGUACACAGAGUAAAUAGCAUUGUAGGUGUGCUCUUUAAAAAAACACUGUGGAUUUCAUGAGUAUUAACGUUUGACCUGCUUUAUCACAUCCAGUGGAUUUUCAGUUUCAUUGAAAGCUUUUCAAGGUUUAUGCCUUUUUAUUACUUUAAUGCUGUUUUGGCUUGAAGAACAUUACUCCUUACAUGUCCGUGAGGAAUAUCGGUGCAUUAGGAUGUAAUAAUGAAGGAAAAUGAAACAAUGAACAUGUGAAACAUCCAUCCAUCCAUUUUCUGAGCCGCUUCUCCUCACUAGGGUCGUGGGCGUGCUGGAGUCUAUCCCAGCUGUCAUCGGGCAGCAGGCGGGGUUUUAUAUACCCUGAACUGGUUGCCAGCCAAUCGCAGGGCACAUGCAAACAAACAACCAUUCGCACUCACAGUCACACCUACGGGCAAUUUAGAGUCCCCAAUUAAUACAUGUUUUUGGCAUGUGGGAGGAAACCGGAGUGCCCGGAGAAAACCCACGCAGGCACGGGGAGAACAUGCAAACUCCACACAGGCGGGGCCGAGGAUUGAACCCCGCUCCUCAGAACUGUGAGGCUGACGCUCUAACCAGUCGUCUACCGUGCCGCUCAUGUGAAACUUGUGGGACACAAACGUAAAUUAAAUGUGUUUUAUAUUUAUUAGUCUGCAGCUUUGUGCAUUCAUUUAAUCAGGAGGUUUAAGAAGAAGUAAUAUAAAUGAUAUCGAUGACUAAAAAGGUGUCAAGGAUUGUUAGAAAACAUCUGUUUCGAAACUUUCCAUGGGAAGUUUACCUUGAGAAUUUACAUUACAUUUUACAUUUACAUUUAAUUUUUUAGAAAUAUUAAAAGUUGGUUGCUUGA